ACGAAGCAUUUCAAGAAAUGGGUUCCUUGGUUGAUUCCCUUCUUUGUAAUUGCCAAUGUCAUUGUGUUCAUCAUCACUAUGUAUGUCAAUGAUUGCCCCAAGAAAGAGGUCUACUGCAUUGCCCGAUUCCUGGGUCGUUUCUCGUUUCAGCCUUUCAAUGAAAACCCUCUUUUGGGGCCUUCAUUAUUCACGCUACAGAUUAUGGGGGCCCUGGAUGGGCAUAACGUGGUUUACAGACACCAAGGUUGGCGCCUCAUCACUUGCAUGUGGUUGCAUGGUGGAGUAUUCCAUCUAUUGGCAAAUAUGUUUGGUAUUCUAGUGAUUGGAAUUCGGCUUGAGCAAGAAUUUGGAUUCGUGCUUAUUGGACUGCUAUUUGUCAUUUCUGGAUUUGGGGGUAGCCUGCUUUCUGCUCUUUUCAUUGAGGAAAGAAUCUCUGUUGGUGCUUCUGGUGCUCUUUUCGGUUUACUUGGAGGCAUGCUUUCAGAACUAAUUACUAACUGGUCUUUAUAUGAGAAAAAGCUAGGAGCACUCUUCACCCUUGUGUUUGUCAUUGUUAUCAAUUUGGCAGUGGGAAUUCUCCCUCAUGUGGAUAACUUUGCUCAUAUUGGAGGGUUCCUUUCAGGAUUUCUUCUUGGAUUUGUGUUUUUGAUCCGUCCCCAGUUUGGAUGGAUUAAGCAACGAAAUGCUCCAAAACCAUAUUCUCCAACAUUAAAUAAACCAAAAUUCAGCAAAUAUCAGUGCUUAUCAUGGGUCCUAGCCCUGAUUCUGCUCAUUGUUGGGUUUACUGCUGGGCUGGAAGCAAUUCUCCAUGGUGUUGAUGCAAAUGCUUACUGCUCAUGGUGCCAUUAUCUGUCUUGUCUUCCAACUUCAAGAUGGAACUGCAAUCAGAAAAUUUUACCUUGUGUGACACAGCAGAUUGACAACCAGUUUAACAUAACAUGCUCAAGCAAUGGAAAAUCCAGUACAUAUUAUAUCCAAAAUCCAACCAAUUCCAAGAUCUCUGAAUUGUGUCUUCAGAUUUGUGGUUGA